ACAAGAAAAAGAAGAAUUAGUUUAUUCCAGUUAUUACGUUAUAAAUUUUUUGAUGAAAAAACCCUAAAGCGAGAGCGGCGAUUUCACAGGCGACGCAAACUCGUUUCUAGGUACAGUUCUCUUCUUCUCCAAAGGUUCGAAAAUCAUGGAAGGGAAAGGAACUAGCCGAGAUCUUCUUGAAUUAGAACACAAGAAUCCUCCUUCCUCUGCUAUCGAUUCAGCACUUUUGAUCCGCAAGGAGACCAAGAGGGUGGCUACUCCAUCGAAGCCAACGAUAAUUCCACUUCCCAAAAGCGAGUUUCUUGACAAAGUCAAAGGCUUUCUGGGGAUCAUGGCGGAAGCUAACAAAAAGCUGGAGCAAGAAACAGAGGAAGGAAACUCUGAGGCUUUUGAUAUCGAAGCACUUACUGGAAUUGAAUCUCAAGUUAUUGAGAUGGAUUUGAUGCUUGGUGUUGCUGAUCUCAACACACCUGAAGCAGUCAAUACGGCUGAAGCAGCUAUUGCCGGUAAUGGUGUGGUUUAUGGAAGUGGAGGAGAUUCAAGCAGCGAUGAGAGUGAUGGUGACGACGAAGGUGAUGAUAAGAUGAGCUCUUUGAGUGAAGAAAGCAGCAGAAAACGAACCAAGAUAAUGGAGCUCUCUUAAGAUCAUGUUUUCGCUUCUCACGUUCUUUAU